CAUGCUGGUGUGUCUUGCGUGACAACGUCUAUGGAUGAUAUACAGUUUGAAGAGGCUGCCAGGAUUGGACAAAUUAUUACCAUCAAAGCAAAGGUGAACAGAGCGUUCAAAACCAGCAUGGAGGUUGGCAUCAAGGUUACAGUACAGGACAUUUUGACUAACGUUGAAAAAACUGUGAGUGUGGCAUAUGCAACAUAUGUAGCCAAACCAAUUGGAGCUGGAAAGAUUGAAUUAGAACCUGUAAAGCUUCUGUCUACGGAAGACCACCUGGAGCACGCCCUGGCUAAUGAGAGAAGAAGAAUCCGACUAGGUUAUGAACAGGUCUUUCAGAACCUAAUGCAGGAGAGUAAUAAGGAAGAUACUUUCGAGGAGGAAAGUGCAGUUUCAACUGACCUUACUCAUGUACAGAGUAUUGAGCUUGUUCAGCCUCCUCAUGCAAACCAUCAUGGAAACACUUUUGGUGGGCAGAUCAUGGCUUGGAUGGAGACAGUUGCAAGUAUUUCAGCAAGCCACCUUUGUCAUUCAUAUCCUGUCUUGAAGUCAGUCAAUAUGUUUAAAUUCUGGGGACCAUCUGUCGUGGGUGACCGCCUUGUCUUCAAUUCAAUUGUGAACAAUACAUUCCAGAAGAGUGUGGAGGUUGGUGUCCGUGUUGAGGCUUAUAACUGUGAAGAAUGGAUCAAGGACCAAGCACGGCAUAUUAACAGCGCGUUUCUCCUUUUUAACACUGUAAAUGACCAAGGAGAGCUGCUCACCUUCCCCAGAAUCAAGCCUACUACAAAGGAUGGUAUGAGGCGAUACCAUGGAGCUAUUGCCCGAAGGAGAAUUCGACUAGCCAGAAAAUGCAUGCUGUCUGCUAAAGAAGAGAAACCUUCUGAUCCGUGGGAGAGAAGCAACCAG